AUGGCAUCUAAAGAAUUGCGAGCCACAUACACAAUUCGGGCAUUGGAUUGCUUGCUGGAUUGUGCUAGCGUUAAGGUAUGGCGAUGGAAUGGUAGCAAGAUCGGGGAUGCCAUGACCUUCCUUGGAUGCUCUUAUCUUGAAAUAGCUAAGUUACAAGUGCAGAGAUAUAUGAUGUUACGGAACCAAGUUAGGGCAGCCCCAACAUCCUUGGAAUUGGGUGAAAACGGGACCAUGGCUUAUGGGGUGGUGGUUUUGAUGAUGCCAAUUGAUUGCUCCACAACUUCGACAGCAACCUCUAAUCCUACCUACAAAAACCAGAGUCUUCCCUCGCCGAUUCUUACUUGCGGAGCUGGCAUGGCGAUCGCAGCGUGCAUUCCAGUGAAGGAGCAGAUUGAGUUGACGGAAACGGAAAGGAAGAUUUUCGAUAGGCUUUUGAACACCCUUCGCUACUUUAAUCUCCAAACUCAACUUCGAGUUGCCGGUGGAUGGGUCCGGGAUAAGCUUCUUGGCAAGGAAUGUUGUGACAUUGACAUCGCACUUGACAAUAUGUUGGGCAGUGAAUUUGUUUAUAAGGUUGGGGAAUACUUGUCAUCUAUAGGGGAAGAGGCCCAAGGGCUUGCUGUCAUACCUAGUAAUCCUGAGCAGUCUAAGCACUUGGAAACAGCAAGGAUGCGCCUUUUUGAUCUAUGGAUUGAUUUUGUCAACUUAAGGAGUGAGGACUACAGUGAGAAUAGCCACAUCCCUGGAAGGAAAUUUGGUACUGCUGAGGAGGAUGCAUAUCGAAGGGAUUUGACCAUUAAUAGCUUGUUCUACAAUAUUAACACCAACUCAGUCGAAGACUUCACUAAGAGAGGGAUCGAGGAUCUAAAAUUUGGAAGGAUAGUGACUCCAUUAGCUCCAAAGGAAACGUUUUCGGAUGAUCCCCUACGGGUUCUUCGAGCUGUUCGUUUCGCUACAAGGUUUGGUUUUGCGCUGGAUGAAGAAUUAAAGAGUGCUGCUGCUUGUGAUGAAGUAAAAACAGCUCUUGCAGAUAAAAUUAGCAGAGAGCGCAUUGGAACUGAAAUUGAUCUCAUGAUCUCUGGCAAUCAACCCGUUCAAGCAGUUAACUACAUUUGUGAUCUGACAUUAUUUUGGGUUGUUUUCAAGCUCCCUCCGGGGGUUGAGCCUGCUGUAUCAGAAGGAUGCUACAGGCUUUCUGCUGCUUAUGUGGAUGCAACAUGGAAACUUCUCCAACGUAUUGGAUGCUCCAGCUUUAGUGGGGAACAGAGAAGGCUGGCUUUGUAUUCUGCUUUAUUUCUUCCAUUGCGCGAUGCCACAUACAAGGAUCGAAAAGGUAAGAAGAUUCCUGCUGUCAGCUACGUUUUCAAGGAUUCUCUGAAGCGAAAAGCAAGUGAUGCUGAAACGGUCAUAAACGUCCACAAGUCAUUGGACAAAUUCUUAUCUUUGAUUCCUUGCCUUUUAUCAAAUGAUGAUACGCAACUCACCAAGGUGGACUGGGGACGAGAAUUUGUCGAUGUUCCUGUUAGUUCACAACUGCGGGUACUGACAGGGUUUCUUCUCAGAGAGAUUAAAGAUUUUUGGCGAGUUGCUUUGUUGAUGUCUACAUUGCUAUUUCCCACUGAUAUUGGCUGCACUGAAGAUGAUGGAGACAAGCAAUUUCAACUGGAUAAAAGAGAAGAGCUUUUUGUGUCAGUUGAGAAUGCCGUGGUUAAAUUAGGUCUUGGGAAAGUUUGGGAUAUAAAGCCAUUGGUUAAUGGGAAGGACAUUAUGAAUGUUUUGAAGCUUAGAGUUGGAGGGCCACUUGUCAGUGAAUGGCAUCAAAAAGUUCUCGCAUGGCAGCUGGCACAUCCUUCCGGGACUGCAGAGGAAUGUGUUGAUUGGAUGAGGGAAAGAUGCAGCAACUGCUUGGUGGCCAGACAUUUUUGUUCAACCUAAGAUUAUCAUCCACUGCUGGGGUUGGGGUUGGGGUACUUUUCUCAUCAUCCACUGUUGUAAACCUCAGGGUAAAUGGAUAAGCAAUUUGUCUGUACAUUUACUACUUGAACAAAGUAGCGUGUUCAUUACAUAAAACUGUUGUAGGAAAUUGGAGUAGGUUUGAUGAGGGUGGUAGGCACCCAG